AUGGCCCUCAGCACCUUGCAGAACAGAGCUAUUCCAAGGUUCCUAAAUGAGGAAGAUCUCCAGGCACUGUUUUCACCAAAGACGCCCACCAAUCUGUGCAUUGCAAAGCUUCAGAAUGGUUUUGACAUGCUCGGUCUUUGUCAAAUAGGACAUUGUUUACCAACAUUCCGAAAUUUGUUCAGAGCUUCCCCCGCUGCUUCGUUGACAAGAAGAAAAUUGAUUAGCCUUCUUCAGCCGAAGUUUUCUGAAGUCGGCUCUAAUGCAUACCGCCGUGAAAAUGAAAUCUACGCAUUAUUUCCCAAGUAUACCAGAAAAGCCGCAAGUGGACAACGAGGAUCAGUAACCCUGGAACAUAUCCUUCAGUUCGCAACUUGUAGUGACGAAGAACCACUUCUUGGUUUUGCUGUACACCCUUGCAUCGAGUUUGUGGAUGCAUCAUUUGAAGGCAAUUCUUGUUGA